AUGAAACAGAGCAAGAAUCAACUGCGAAGGGCCAGGAAAAAGGCCUUGAAGACGAAGGCGGUUGAGAAAUAUACUGAUGCUUCCGAUCAAGCACCCGAAACGCGGAGCCCGCGUUUAGUUGGCCAUCCCGAUGCUGCCAAUAGCUCUCCCUGGGAGGUGGACCCAGACACCGGCGAUUCGCUAUGGCAGAUGUACAAGGAUAUUGCCAGAAAGUUUGACGAGAAUGAGGACGAAGUAAGGCCAUUGGUACAGCCUGAAAAACCGGAGGUCUAUUUUGAUGAAGACGAUGAAAUUCCGGACGAAGAUGACAAGGGACCGAAAUUAUCAAAAAAGAGGAGAAAAGAAUUAACGAAGCUUUCUGUCGCAGAACUCAAGGCAAUGGUUCGAAAACCGGAAAUCGUCGAGUGGACAGACACGUCAGCCCCUGACCCAAGGCUUCUCGUCCAUAUCAAGGCUCACAGAAAUGUUGUCCCUGUGCCUGUUCACUGGUCGUUAAAAAGAGAGUAUCUGUCUUCAAAGCGAGGGGUUGAAAAACCGCCUUUUGCCCUGCCUAAGUUCAUACAGGAGACGGGUAUCUCAGAAAUGCGAGAUGCUGCUUUGGAGAAACAAGAACAAGCAACCCUGAAACAAAAGCAACGCGAAAGGGUCCAACCCAAAAUGGGGAGACUGGAUAUAGAUUAUCAAAAACUUUAUGAGGCUUUUUUCCGCUUCCAGACGAAACCGGAAUUGACUCGUUACGGUGAGGUUUACUACGAGGGCAAAGAAUAUGAGACAAACCUUAGACAUUUACGCCCUGGUGAGCUCAGCGCUGAGCUGAAGGAGGCUCUCAAUAUGCCGCCCGGUGCACCUCCGCCCUGGUUGAUAAACCAACAACGAUAUGGACCACCGCCGUCAUAUCCGGCUCUGAAAAUCCCAGGUCUUAACGCUCCUCCGCCUCCAGGUGCCAUGUGGGGCUAUCAUCCUGGCGGGUAUGGCAAACCGCCUGUGGAUGAACAUAACCGGCCACUUUACGGUGGCGACAUAUUUGGUGUGCUACAACCACAGCAAACUGUGCAACAAGGAGAGCCUGUUGAAAGAGAUCUAUGGGGCGAGUUGCAGGAAUCUGAACCUUCGGAUGAUGAAAGCGAGGAGAACGAGGAUGAACCUGAGGACGAUGUGGAUACUGAAACAGGCUUGCAGACUCCCAGCGGAUUAGAGACACCUGGCGGUAUAGUGUCAAGCGUUCCAUCUGAAUAUAUUGGGGCGGAGAACGUUGCAGGCGAAUUUGACGUGCGCAAGACUUAUCGAGGUACCCAGACGGAGGAACAUGUGGGACGUCGAAGUGCUUUUCAGGUCAUCCCAGAGAAACAAGCCCAUGUACAGGGUUUCUUUGGGGCCGAUAGAGUGUACGAUCUCAAGGCGCCUCCGGAGGGCUUACCAGUGCUCGGCGCUGAGGACCCAAAUCGAAAACGGAAGAAGCCUGGUGAUGUCGACGUGUCCGUUGAUCCAGACGCAUUGCAAGUGAGCGAUGGGAUGAGUAAAGAAAACCUACGAAGUCUUUACGAGUCACAUAAGCACCAAGAGACCAAUCCCAACUGGGAUUUCCAAGAAGACUUGAGUGAUAUGAUCGCUUAUGAGAGUCGGAAGAGAUUGAAAAAAGAUGAGGAUCGACGAACGAAGCAUUGA